AUGGCUGUAAGCUGGGUGGUGAAGUUGUACCUAGUGUUGGCUGUACGCCUGGUAGUGCCUUGUGUAGAAGCGGGGGACUGGCAACACUGUCAGAAGGUAUCAAGGGAGAGAUGCAGCGUUGGUGACAGUCGAAGUGGUGGUCCAAAGUACCGCUAUGAUAUCGGUGGGUAUGGUUCCAAAGAUUAUGGUCCUUACAAGGGACCUUUCGACUAUAUCUUUUGGAGCCAAGCGUAUGUGUCUUGCUACAACUGCACAGGUAACGAAAACGUGUCCGUUAGUUCUGUUCUGAAUGCAACCCUGAGUCCCUUCCAACAGGACAUAACAAUCCUUUUGGUAGUUGAUCACAACACGGGUAUCAUGAGUUCAGGUGAUACCAGCGCUCUCUCAGAUUUGCCUUGUGGUACAUACUGCCGCGUAUGGCUCGUAAACUGUAACAUAACCACCAUAGAGGCGGGGGCGUUUGCUAAGCUCUCACAGGUGCAGACCUUGGUCAUCUGGCGGAGCAACCUCCAGACCCUAAAAAGCGGCACGUUUGAGGGGAUGGGCGGUCUGAAGCACCUGCUGCUGUUGGGCAACAACAUCACCUGUCUGGAGGCUGGUACCUUCCAAGGGUUGCCCAGACUAGGCUACCUCUAUCUCGUGGAGAACCACAUCCUGACGAUGCCAGCCGGCGUGCUCCGUGGACUACAGUCAGAAUGGCUGGACGUAAGUAUGAACUCUAUCUCUCACAUCGCGCCUGGUGUGCUACAGGACGCCGGUCCUGUACAGCACAUCUAUGCCAUUAAAAACAGGCUGCAGUCAGUCAGUGUCGGCAUGUUUGCAGGGCUUGAACAGCUGCGACUGUUGUACCUGCAGGAUAACAAAAUCUCUAGCAUUGCAGACGGGGCGUUUGUCUCAAACAAGCUACUGCGAACGCUAGACCUCUCUGGAAACAAGCUGACCUUUCUGUCUGGGCUGUGGUUUGUGCCUGACAAGGCUUAUCCUCGUGUGAAUGUGAAGGGAAAUGCCAUUGCUGCUGUCGUCCACGCGUCUAGAUUGGCAACUUUUUUGUUGCCUAACAAUCCCUUGCGCUGUACAUGUGCAAACAUUGGGUUGUAUGAACGAAUGUGGACGCUGUGGAAAUCCCAAUGGCAUUUCCCUUUGCGUUCUAUGAUCUCUAUACAGGCGGGGUGUCCCUCCAUUUCCCUGCUAAGGACUCCUCCUGUGGCGGUUAAUGCCAGUGCUCUGCCUUGCCCGGCACCAUUUGUCGAAAUUGUGGAUGUAGAGCGAAAUCAGCAUCCCCAAGUAUACAAGGCUUCUGGUAACGUGUACUGGGAGGACCUGCCCCACGUGUUCUGGACCUUUGCCAACGGGUCAGAAUAUUCAAUGAACAUAACACACAACACAAACACAACGGCACACGCUAGCCUGGCAAUAGGAAACCUAACUGUAAGUGUGGUGACUUACAUAAAGGCUGAGGGUUGGGUGAAAUGUAAAGGGUCAGAAAAUAAGACAGGAUCCAGGAAGCAUGAAUCGUGUUCCAACUACAUGGGGAAGUCUACAUUCACCUUUUGGCUGACGACUGCUGAAAACGUGACCGUCACAAACUGCAGUUGUACCGUUGUCUCAGAAAUUGGCUCCUACACUGUUAACUUCGAUAUGAGCUUACAGACUACAUCACUGACACAACCCACAAUCCACACACAACCAGCAACACACACAGAGCCAACAUCCCACAUACAACAGACAACAUACUUACAACCAACAGCGCAAACACAACCGUUAUCCACAUCCAAGUCUCUAUGGAUGAUUGUGUUGUCAUCUCUAUUCACAAUAUUGAUGGUGCUCACAAGGAUAGCGUGGAGGUAUUCCACAGAGGGUCACCGGGUAGCCAGGCAAAAUGUUCAGGAAAACCAUUCAGUAGAGGGAGCGCCGGGGCCCAGAGAAGGCGUGGCACGCUUGCCUUCUGUAUCAAGCGUGAUCGUCCCUUAUGCUGUAGCAUACGGUGAUACAAUCGCAAACGCCGGCACCUCAGAUGACCAGAUAACCCCGUAUGCUAUAACGUACGAUGUCGAAGAUGACGACAUCACACCGUAUGCCGAGGGUCACCUUCGCGAUCACGACAGUCUGUGCGAGUCAGACGAUUCUGACUCUUCAGAAAUUGUUCCUUACGGGGUGAGCAAGAUAUGUGACAAGUAUGUCAGUGGCGACGGUAAGGAAACUCAAGAAAACACAUCUGUCACUUACAGAAACGACAACUUGUCGUCGAGUGAGGGCCCUGUUUCCAAAAUGUAUGGCAAAGAUGAACCUAAAGAAACCAUUCUGAAUGAUUCGGUCAAAGUUAUCAUUCAUCAGCCAAACCCUUCCCCUCUGCCAGCCUCUGACCAUAGUGAAGCGGCCUGCUCAACGGCCUCUCCGCUACCAGAAGCCGUCGCGAUUAAUAACCAGGCGACCCCAAAUGAUCAUGAUACUGAAACAAAUGAUGUCUCCGUUGAGGAUGAUGCAAAAAGCGAGCAGGUCAUUUCUGUUGCCACCGUUAGUAAAGAUGAUUAAGAGGAGACCGAUUUGAAACACACUACCUCUUUGGCUGAAUAAUCGCUUUUCUAUGUUUGGU